GAGGAGAAAAAUUGCCAGCUGAUUCAUUUUUAAGCCUACAGAGUAGUAUGGCUUCCCAGAAAAAAAAUGCAAUAUCUCAGCGAAUAGCAUCAGCGAGACGUAACAAAAUUAAAGAGCUGAAGAAUGAAAUAUUUUAUUUACAACACCAAUUAGAAGCAUCAAGCUUAGAAAACUACAUUUUGAAACAGCUUCAGUGUCGACAUGUGAAAGCAAUAGGCAGAUAUGAAAAUCCAAAAAGUAACUUACUGGAUCUUUUAGGAAGUCACUGUAAUGAGGUGAGAACUUUAAGGAAGCUCCUGAGGAUAUCUCAGGAGGAUGAGAGAAGUACAUCCAGGAAGCUCAGAGAAGUUGAAGCAGAGCUGCUGAAAACUAAAGAUGCGUUGCAGGCCUUGCAUAUGCUUUCAGAAGACAAAGUUCUUGCAGAGAGAGAGGAACUUGACCACAGACUAUCAGUCCUUACAGAAAAAGUGGAAGUGAACAAUAGGAGAAUACAGGGCCUAGAAAAGCAGCUGAAGUUGAACAAUACCACCUUUAGUCGUCAGUUGGCAAAUGAGAACAAAAAAGCUGUGGAAGCUGGGAUAAUUACUACGACCUUGAAGAUGGAAAUUACUUCUCUUCACCAAAAAAUUAAGGAAAAGGAUCGGCAACUUUGUGUAAAAAAUAUCUAUGCAAAUCGGAUGCUUAAAACUGCAAAAGACAAAAGUGAUUCAGUACCUCAUGAAACAAGUCUUAGUGCAAGCAUAUCAGUAGAAGCAAAUAAACAGAGUUUUAGGCCGUUGCUGCUGUCACAGUACCAAACUCAGGAAACAGAAAAUAGUCCAAUUCAGCUAACAGAGGAGGAAAAGACUUCAGAAGAUACGAAUCAAAAAGCUAAAGCAAAUGAAGCAUACGUGGAUGCCCAAUGUAGAACAGAAAAGCAAUCAGCCAAGAAAACACUAAAGCCAGAAACUUUUAAUAGAACACAUAGACAGUGUUUAAGGGAGGGCAGACAAUUGAUGGGAGAAUAUACUUGCUUGGAAUUUAUGAAAGAAGAGACAGAUUUGCUUAAAAGGGAGCUGGAAAAAAUGGUGGAAACUGAACAAACUCCUCUAAGCAAGAGUAUAAAGGAGAAUAACAAUGAGGAAGAUGCAGUAGAAGAACGUGAAGAGGAAAAGCCAGAUGAACAGCUAAAUAACAGUGAGAAGGCAAGGAGUAAAUGUGUAACCCCAGGUCCAAGGAACAAAACACUUACUAGCCUCAAAAAAACAUACCUAUUCUCAGAAGCCACUACGAAUUUGCAUCAUGAGCUUCCUACAUCAGGUACAUCCCCAAAAAGCAGUCUUUGCAAACAUAGACGUGCAGGUCAGGACUACAAAGAAAGAGCUGAAUCUAAAGUGAAAAAUUCAUUUGGGUUAUAUGAACCAUCUUUUGGUAAAGUUACCAAAACAAGGCAGACGGACAGAUCCACCGAAGCAGAAGGCUGUGCUCAUAUGACAUUUGCUGACAGGAAAAGCAGUCCUAUGAAAGAACUCUUUGGACAAGGCUGUGCUUGAAAAGGCAACCAUUCAAGUUCAAACAUGAAAGGAAUGGAGAAAGAGAAGUGAGAGAAUACAGGAUUACCUAAGCCAAAUUUCAAACCACUGCUACUAACUAGUUCAUAGUGUAAAGCAUCAAACACUAAGGAAAUUGUCAUGAGAAUACACAAAUUAAUUAUUUUAUUGGAUGUUUAGUUAAGUAUAUCACUUUACCUUUACUCUAGAAAUAUGGAUCAUUUAAAACAUUUUUUUUUAAAAAACCAAUGCCUUUACCUUCAUUAAAUGCACAUUAAAUCUUACAAGUAUUGAAAAUUUCUAAUUUUCCAAAAUCAGUUGUCACAAAAGAACAUGAUUCUGUUUUCAGUCUGUGUGCAUGCAUGUACAUGUUAGUAAGAAUACCUCAACAAUUAUUUUAUUUUUACCUGUUAUCAGGUGUCCAAGUUAGUCCUUUUUUUUUUUUGUAAUUUCCAGCUUUUUGCAUUGUCUCAGCAGUUUGAAUUUUGAAGCUGAUUAUUUAGUUAGCUAGCUGAAGUAAGAAAUCUGCUUUCACUAUUGUACUAACAACUCCAUAAAAGAAAAUAUUUUUUUAUUUUCUUCACUCCUGAAAUAGCUUCCAGAAUUCACACAUAACAAAAAUAAUUUGCUAUUACAUUGUUUUCACUAGCAUUAUAAAGCUCUAAAGCUUCAUUCUUUUCCACUGUUAGAAUUUAUCAAAGCAGUUCGCCUGGUAACUUCCACAGCUGACAUCCAAAGAUGAAUGUGCAAGAGUAAACUAUUGUUUUGGAGAAGUCAGGCAUAGCCAGUUCUCAAAAAGCCUUUUAAAAUCCUGUGUUUAAGAUUAUGUAAGCAAGAGUGGGAGGAUUAUGGUUUUUUCCUCAUAGUAAUUCAUGGAACGUUUGCUAAAAUGUGAAGUUAGGGAAAAUCAUGCGUAUUUUAUUAAUUUGAAAAGGCAGUAGCACUUAGAAAAAAAAAUACUUAAAAAAGCUUUUAAAGGCGAUCAAGACAAUUUUAGAUCUGGACUGACUCGCAGCAUAUUUAGUCUCAAAAUUUUGAAGGUUUUUCUUGAAGUAAUGCUUAAGAUCGACUUUGGGCAGUCAGAAGAGCAUUUCUAGUCUAUGAACUAUUAAGACUUCUAUAAUGCCUUUACUGCUGUCCCAAAGCUAAAAGAAAACAAGUGUACAUGAUCCAACAUUCCUCUUUGUACUGACUACAUGGCCAAAAGCCUUUUUGCCCUUACUUGCCACAUGCCUGACUAAAGCAGCCAACAAACUGUGUAUUUGAUGGCCUGAUGCUAAGUGUGGAUACACAGCAAAAGUCACUGUGAAAAUUUUAAAUGAUGCUGCUAUUCUUGACUUCACUGUGUUAAACUCCAAACUGAGUAGAAAUAUCAUUAGCCACAUCAUUAGAUGCAGAAAUAUGUGAAUGCCAUAGAUAAAUAAUGAGUCCUAAAUAUUUUUUAAAAAUAACAAAUGAGGCCCGCUGAUUCCGACAGUGUCUCCUUAUGCAAGAACAUGGAUGGGGAGAGGGGAAUUGGUUUGGGUUUUUGGGUUUGUUUGGGUUUUUUUAGGAAACCUGUAAUUAGCACUGAAAAUGCAUUAGAAAACUUAAGAUGGGUUGAAAAGCUUUAUUUCAUUAAUAAAAACUGUACGUAACAUUAAAUCACAACGUUUCUUUAAUUUGUAUUUAAUGUACCUUUUUUCAUGUUCACUAAAUGUAAUCCUUAAUAGAAAAACACUUUUUUAAAAAUUAACAUUUAAAACCUCCCACCAUUUCAUGCAUACAUACAUAUACACGCGGUAUAUCAUGACCUUUUGAAUUAAUUUAUAAUUGCAGUGCUAAUUAUGGAGGGUCCCUAGCCUGUUCCUGCAGGAAGGCAAAGGACCUGAAAUAACAGAUGCAUUCCACUGUAGACGAAGCUGAACCAGAAUUGCCGAAGUCUAGCAGCAGAUGGAAAGGUGUCCCUUACACUUUUGUUCAGGCUCAUGUCAAAAAAACCCUGGAGGUAUGGAACAAGAACUUUAUAAACCCACCUACUUGUCUUCUGGGGCAGCAAUGACAGGUUUGCAGACACUGCUGUAGCACAGAAGAGAACACAACUUUGGUCACUGUUCUAGAAGAAUUCUCUCCUUUAAAUUCAAAACAUUGUGGCUAUUUCCUUACUUAAAUACAGCAAGAAGGAUUUACUCCACAACAGAAAAUUGUUUUCCUUCCUCCUUCUGUUUGCUACCAUUCUGUUACUACUACAGACAUUCAAGUCACUAACUUUUACACUUACUUAGCUGUUUCAGGCUGUCCUGGAAUGCUGUUAAUAUCUACUCAAGCCCUAGGAAUGUAGUUCUCCAAAGGAACAGCACUGUCUUCCACUUUCUCUUUCUUAACACAGAGCAUGAGAAUGUUAGCUAGACCUUUCCUCCCAAAACAUGGAAGGAGAUGGCUCCAGUGAUUCUCACUUAGUUUAGGAGGCAGAAAAAACAUCAUGAUCAGAGAGGUCACUUAUCAAUAAAAGCAGGAAAAAAAUCAAGUGUUUAACGAAUUUUAAAAGUCAGGGAGGAAAAAGUAACAAACCAUCCUAUAUUUGGCAGCGGAAUGAGUCUCCUAAGGGUGGAUUCUGCGUGUUUAUCAAUAACAUUUUCUAAGACAGCCAAAGAAUACACCAAUUGUAGUGUAAAAAAUGCUAGUGCAUUUCCAACUUGCAAAUCCAAAUUCAGCACUUCUAGAUUUUGGUGUAUAUAUGCCAUGGCAAAGUCUUCUAGUUCUGCCAUGAAUCGGUGUUGAUACUUGUCAAAAUAGGCACAAAAAUGAGGUCCUAUCAACAGCAAUGCUAUUAUUUGAAAACUGACCACCAAACUGAAAAACGAACUAGGAAAGAGAAAAUAAAACAAAAGGAAUACUGACUGAUAUCCAAAUGAA